GUGUGAUUUCGGCUCAACCAUUCACAAAGUCUGGCAGCUAUCGAGGGCGUCAAGACCACAACGGAGGUACAGAGAUGGUGCAGGUCUCAGCUCUGACUGAUGAGGAAUACCUCACACCCCUCACUUCAAUCUACGACAUUCUGCUGGACCCCGAACAGCAAACACAAUUUACACCUUCAAAGCUUCAGGCAUUGCUCAUACAUCAUCUGAACAAGCUCAACUCACCUACACGACCGUUCUCAUCCCCUUCGACCAGCUCUCGGCAAGCAUUGAAAUCCAACACCGUCAAUGUUCCACACACCUCGGUUUCUCUGGAUGUCAGCGAGAAGAACCGCAAGCUGGCGUAUCAGUUGUCCCAACGCGCGGACAUAGAUGAAGUCGAGGCCCUGAUACUGUACAGAACAUGUAACGAUGAAGAAUCUACUUUGGACAGGCUCACACUGUGGUACGCUGAGGAGGCGCUUGCUGCUCCAAGGCUGGUCAUGGCGCUGCAGAGACUUAGCCAAAGAGGUCUGGAUGAAUGGUCUCGCAUAGCGGGAGACGUCUUGACCAACAUCAUCACGGACGAAGCCAAAUAUAUUGAGACCAUAUUCCGGGCUUGGUCAAGCGUCGCUCAAAAACCGCUGGAGGGUGUCCAACGGUCAGAUCAAGCACUGUUCUGGGGCACACUCCAACUCCGUCUUCAAAAUGAGCUUCUGGAUCUGCUCUUUCUUGUACUGUAUGAUUAUCCCGAUAGACCAGCCAGUAUAUCCCUCGGACUUCUCAGAGGAGUCGUGGCGUCAGCUUUUGGCACACUUCAAGGCAACCGAGAGAUAUGGAACACCGACGAUGAAUCUCAGAUGCUUCAACAGCGCAUUCGAGACCGGACCCUCAUCAUCGCUCUGGAAGCCAUGUGUCUCUCUACCAUCGUUACACCUCUCAACAAGGAUGACAUGGAUGCGCCAGUCGUUCAAGCUGAGGGAACUCUAUUGAGGUCAAGAGACGCUAUCAUUUCUAUCGAUGUCCUGCUCAACACUGAAUCGCAGAAUCUGGUACCCCAGUCCCCGGAACCAGACUUGUCUUCAAUGUCUUUUCCAUCAUGGCCGAUGCCGGUCUUGUGUUUAGCCUGGUCUAUCGUCCUGCGCAAUCUUCCCAACGACCUACAGCCGCCGCCGCUAGGUUACGAGCGUCCGAUUUUCGAAGAAUUCGCAGUCAGAGCUCUCCGCUUACCGUCGGGUCUGUUCCCCUGGCUCGAGGAGAUUCUGUCUGGACCGCUGUUGACCUUCGCGGAGGAAGACGAGGAGACUCCCCUGGACCGAGAGCUGUCCAUCUGGCGACGAAAAGUUGUCAAAGAUCUCCUCAUGGGCCUCUCGGACCUCGUGCAAAUUCAACAUAUAGUGGAUCGGACAGGUUUGUACCGAGUCUGGGAUUUACUGUUCGGUGGUGGUUCACCCAGCACCUCUCUAGCAGUGGCGGAGGAUUAUUGGGAAGCCGAUCAUUCGUAUGCGAAUCGAUCGGCCCCUCUCGAUGAUGCACAGUUUCCCGUCAACGCGGCUCGUCUACCGUUGUUGCUCUCCGCGCUCUCUGGUGCGCAAAGCCCCUCACCUCUGCGUCAAACUACUGCAGGAACAAGUCCGGCAAUAUCGGUGUUCGACUAUCUCCUUCAGUUGCCGACAUUGACCAUUCGGACGGACCCAUCACACUGCUCUUUUCUGGGUGGUGAAAACUCGGAUCGGAGGAUCGUCGAGGCGAGAAAAGACUCUAUUCUUCCCGGUGUGCUAAAGAUUCGAGCUGGAUCACGAGGGGAGGUGAUGAGUCCAGAAGACUCGAAGACUGUGAUCGUUCGAUGGGAUGGGCCAUUCGCCGCUUGGGGCCUGCUUGUUGAGAUCACACGCGCGGCAGCUGGGAUCCGACCGAUGGACCAGAAAGACGGUUUCACCCCUGAGGAUGCCAAUUUCGCGCAUUUGACCAUCGGUGACCUUGGCCUUGAGGGCGACUCCAGAGAGAUCCUGGCCAGCAACCUUCAGCUCUUGAGGGUUAUCCUACACCCAUCACUUCGCUUAUCCUCGUCACUCCUUGGGCAAAUUCGAUCAGGAGAUCAGCCCGCUUCGGUGCACAUCUUGGAAUUGGCCAUCACAGUCCUGGACGGGGUCCGAAGAAACGGCAUUCAACCCACUGACUACCCUAUCGCCAAAGCCGCAUUGAGUAUCAUUCAAUCUCUCCUGUACGAUGCUGGACCCGUUGUUUGGACUGCUCUUCACCACUCUUCCUUCUUCGGUGCUUUAGGCAAACGACGGUCAAUCGCCGCGGACAUCAUUGAUGCUGAUUCGAUCAGAGGAGACCAUAGUCUGACUCUUGCGGUUCUUCGGCUUGUCGCCGCUCUCGCUGCCAGUACCAACAAUACUGUGAAACCAGACGAUACCGUUGUUCGCAGUGCACUUCAGCUAGUGGUCUCAUCCGUCUGGCUUCCUUCAUCCGGCUGGAGAUUUCAAAGUGUAUCUGGAAAAUACCGAAUCAUCUCCAUUCUCUCCACCAUUUUCACCAUGAUUCUUCAACACCCAUUGGACGGCUCGACUUCUCGACCAACUCUAGCCGCUCAAUACCUCCUCGAUACCUUUGUCACGUCUUCCUCUAUGCUCACAUACCGUCCAACCCUCGAAGUGCUUUCCCAAGCACCGACCCUUGCCACCUCCCUUCUCACAUCGUACCGCACGGAAGAAGCUCGAGCAGUGGUUCAGACUCUAGACUGUUCACUCACUCUCAUGUCGACAUUGCUUCGGGUUGCAAAUAAUGUCGAAGCAACCGCUAGCUCGCUUCCCAAAAGCCUCUUCGCGGCGCCUGUUGUAUCGGCCUCUGGCAACAAGGUCCAAGCCAUUCAGAUCAUCUUCGGUCUCGCAAACUCUGCGAUACUGCCGAAUUUGACCCGAUUAAAUGCUUUAGCGACAGUCCGAACGUAUCUGGAGACGUCAUCGACAGAUGCGACUCGCCCCUCAUUAGCUGGCCUCCUUCACGAUGCUGAAACAUCCUUCAGGGCGCUCGCAGAACUUGCGACGGAUGAAUCUCCUGAGCUACGAUCGGCAGUUUGGAAUCUCUUGUCGACCGUCCUUACGCAUCAACCAGGAUGUGCUCAUUUCUGUACAGGAUCCCAAGGAGAUAACGUAGACGGCGUACUUCUUAUCGCUGUCAAUCAGAUACUUGACUGGCAGGCAGUCAUAUUCACUUCUCCAAGAUCGAUCUCUGCUGUGCUCGCCUACCUGAACGCUGUUCUGCUGUGUCCGGGCGCUACAAAGGCUGUUGCCGCGCUGCGGAGACAUACUCAAGUCUGGUCAGAGGUAUACGACAUUGCAAUUCGGACUGUACCCGCCCCCCCAACGUUCACGCUGUCGAUGCACUCGGAGACUUUUGCCAAUCGGAUUCAAGCCUAUGCCUUUGCAGUCCGAGCCAAAUCAGGAGCUGUCUCUUUGCUAGCAUCGGAGCUGGCUCUGAGUUUGCAGGAGGAUGAUGAUGGCCCUGAGACUAAAGGCCAGAGUCUGAUCACUGGAUUGUUCAGGAACACAACUGCCCUGACCGAGCUGGCUUUGUCCGCAGCGCACAGCAGCUGCCUUCCUCAACUGCACGAAGAGCACGAAGCCGCGCUGCAAUCGGAGGGACUCCAUCUAGCAAGCAUCAGGACGCUUUUGCUGCCGUCCGAGAGAGAAUUUGGUCCUCUCUACCUUUACGAUGGUGAAAUCAGAGUUUCUGGUGACGAAUCGAGGCAGGCAGCAGUCAAUCUAGCUCUUGACAUGCUCAAUCUGAAUUGGUCAAUGCUGGAGGCAGAUCUGAACCUCACCAAAGCGUUCAAUCGUCUCGCAGACUCGGCAUACAGCAUCACCGAAGGCGACGCGCUUGCUUCGGCCGCUUCCUUGAGGGCUGGAACCUCCAUCGCUGAGCUGCUAGCCAACGAAGAUCGGGGAGGAGACGUCAUGCUAGCGAUACAGAAUGACCGACUUGUGGGUCUGAGCGCAUUGCUGGAGACUGCCCUGGCAAGCGAAAAUGCGGCGCCUAGUCAUAAAAUCCUGGCAGAGCUCUGCUCUAGCGUCCGACAAAUACUAGAGAGUCAGGCAUUCCCGCCGAUGAUUGGAUUGCGGCACCCAGAUCUACCAGCAAUUCAUAAACCCCUGCUUCGGAUCGUUCACUCAAUCGUGCAAGCAUUCCCUGCAUUGGAGUCUUCGCCCUCGGUCCUUGAGCCGAUCUUGGAAACGGCAAUGUCUUUCACGCUUGACGCCGCCGACACUGUUCUUGACAGUCUGGUUCGGGAUUCGGCGGGUGACUUAUCCCUGACCGCUGAUCUUGAGCAAGUGGUUGGUAUCAUUUGCGAGAUCGUCCGGUCGCCGAUGACACAUCUUUGGAUGGACAAGCUGUCGGAACACGAUCUCAUACCGCGCAGCCUGGAAUUGACCUCUCGCCUACGCAUUUCAGAUGACCAUAUUCAACCUCACAUCGCUUCCAUCCUCCUUCUUCAUCUCGCUCUAGCUGGGAAUCCCUCGAGUGCAGAGAAGCUUGCAGUCAGCGGUAUCCUCCCCACAUACUCCGACAACGCUAUCAUUCUGUUGGCUGAGCAAGCCAAAAUAAUCCCCUCCUCACCUUCACCGCAGCCGAAUUCAGUCCAUGGCGCGUGGUGCACUAUGUUAUGGGUCGUCCAUGGUAUUCUCACGUCUCUACCACACAUCGACGCUGGAGCACUGGCACGAUCCGAUGUCAUACCGUUCCUCCGAGUCUGCACGAACCAAAUCCUUCGUGCUCUCUCCUGGAAUGGUGAGACGACUCUCAGUCUUCCUAUCCUCGACGAGCUGUCCCAAGUUACCAAUGUCAUCUAUGCGCUGGUUCAAGUUAUUGGAUCCAAUGAUGGUCUCCUGGACGAACUCUCGGUCCCGCUGUUGUCCUUCCUGAAAAGUGUUCGUUACAGCCUUUCGCACCCGCGUUUGUUCUCCACUCUGAUGAGCCCCUCGUCUGAAGAAGAGCGGAUGAAACUGGAGAAAGAAUUAUCAAGUUUAUCUGACGAUCAAGAGCCAAAGAUUCUCGAUGUUACUGCUGCUCCUGCUCUCGCAGCUCGGACACUCAAAUUGCUCGGGGCGACGAGAUCGUCCGUCAUGGCCCUGCUGACCCUCACACAAGGGUGGGCGACGCUACAGAGUGACUCUGAGGAGUCGCAGGAGGAUCUCAUUCUUUCCUACGAUGAAGAUCCCUCGACAGCCGCGGACGAUCCCGUUGGGGUGUUAAACGAUCUGUUGACUCAGGUCAGCAAAUUUGUUGAUGCCCUUCCUCUCUCGUCAUCAGAACCCGAGGUGCUUGCAGCGAGGUCUCUCUUGAACCAGCUUGAGGAGAGCAUAGCGCUGCUCUCCACCUCGCAAAUGGUCUUGAGACAUCUCGACCAGCCUCAGAUGCAGCAGCAUCACGAAGACAUCGACAUGAACAAUGCGGAUUCGAGCUUUGACAAGGAGUCUGUGAGGAGACGCAUCUCGAUGGCCAACGCUGGAUCGGGUGAUCGCGCGGAAAACAUCCAGGCAGAAUUGAUCAGAGACCUCUUGGGGACAUUGAGUGGGUUGGAGGACGGCAACGAAUUAAUCAGAUGGUUAUCUGGAGUAGCGGAGCAAAGACUGGGUAUGACACAUGAGGCUUAGGUGCCACUCUACGUUGUCCGUUGUUCAUAGGACUUGACGAUCUGGGCUCUGUAAGAGUAACGACUACGUACGAUAUUGCAUGAACUUUAGCAUCGCCUUAUU